AACAAGCGUGCGCUUUGGUAAAUUAAACACAUCAAAUUCCCUUAUGUGCUGGGCAAGACUGGUUUAAUUUCCGUGACCUAAAAAGUCUGAAAUAGGAAAAAAAAAAGUAUCUUUGUCCAUCCCCACCCCCAAGCAUGUCUAAGCCCGCACAAAUCGUAUGGGUGCGGCGAUAAUACGCACACCAACCUCUUUCGAGCCAACAUAUUCCCUUCCUUCAACCCCCCGAGGAGCUUCACACCUCUGACGGGAGCCUGCUUCGUCUCACCGGGAACAGCUGACAUGGCUUUGAACAACAAAAUCGCAGUGGUGACCGGAGCGGUGAUGGGCAUAGGGAGGGCAGUAACGGAGACCCUUCUGCAACACGGAGCCAAGGUGGCCCUCUUGGAUGUAAAUGAAAUUGCUGGAAAAAAUUUAACUGAAACCCUGAAUCAGCAGCACGGGACAGGAAAAGCAUUGUUCCUGAAAUGUGAUGUUCAGUCUGAGCAGGAGAUUAAAGAUACCUUUCAGAAAACAGUGGAGACCUUUGGAGGAAUAGACAUUGUGUGCAACAAUGCUGGAAUUUUGAAUGAGGAAACGUGGGAGAAGGCAGUCUCGACAAACCUGAUGGGUGUCAUAAGGGGAACCUAUGUCGGUAUGGAGCAUAUGAACAAGCUGACUGGAGGUCGGGGAGGAGUUAUCAUCAAUAUGGCAUCUAUGGCAGGUAUCGGCCCUUUCCCCAGCUGUCCCGUUUACACAGCUACCAAGCAUGGAGUGGUGGGCUUCACUCGAGCGAUGGGGGCUGCCUCGGAGGCUUCAGGCUACGGUAUACGAUUCAAUGUUAUUUGUCCAAGUUUUGUACAAACUGACUUUUUAGCCAACAUCCCAGAGAAACUGGGACGAUUCUCUCACCUGGCUGAUGCAGCGCACAAAUUGGUGGAUACUCUAGGAAUUUUAAGUGUGUCUGAAGUGACUGAGUGUUUCCUGGAGCUGGCAACAGAUGAGUCAAAGAAUGGAGAGGCCCUCGUGGUGUUCCCGAAAGGAAAAACCUAUGCAAAGUUUCCCUCUGUUCUGUAGUAGCUAAUGGCAACCAUUAGGUGUAAGCCUAAACCUGGUACAUUUGCAGGAUUUCAGGUUUAUACAUUUUGAAUUAUUCAAACAAAAGUGCCAUCAGUUUUAUCAACCUGCUUGUUUUCUGCACUUUUUUCUGUGAUGUGUGUUUGGCUGGUGUUGAACCAGAUAAAGUAUCUUAUUUUUAAAAUGUUAACCAUAACAAAAGCUCUAAUAAGCCUAAAUGAUGAAUUAUUUUUCCUUUUCUAUUUUUUUUUUUUUUACAAGAAGUUAUAAGUCUGACCUUUUUUGCAUCAUUCCUGAUUGGUCAGAUCCUCUGACAUCAACUUUGCCAAUGAACUUUGUUGUAUUGUUAUGACAUGUUGGGAUUUCAUUUUUAAAUUGUAUAUUCAUGUAUCAAGUGAGAUAAACUGCACUGAGCUCUAAAUUCUGUCUUUGUCACAUGACUUCAGGACUCAAAACAUGCAUACAUUUUGAACUCUUGUCUGAUAAACGUCUGUGGCCUCUACGCAUUGGCUCUCACCUUCCUCCUGGUCUGCAGGGACUUGAACUGUUCUGGGAAGCCAGACGUCAUUAAUAGCUUGUAAAUAUACUCACAUGCCACCAAGUGGUUGUUGAUAUGGAUGCCAUCUGUCAAAAUGACAAAUGGCAUCAGAUUUUUCCCUCACCAUUAAAAUAAAAAACAGCUAAAGAUGGAAAGUAUUCGGUUAACGUGACCCCAGUUCUUGUGAAUUAUUUACAUUUCUUGAGUCUAUAACUUCAUCCCAGCUCUCAGUAUAUCAAUGUCAAUUAUUAAAGUUGAAUUUUUAUGAAUCUUUUUUUUAUUUUUUUAUUUUGUUAGCUCUAGUGGCCUUUA